CAGCAACAUCCACCCAGUCCCCUCUGUACCAUACUUUCCCGCGUUGCUUUUCUUUCUCUUGCUCCCUUAUUUGCUCCGCAUAUACCAAAAUGGACCACACUCGAGAUCCGUGCCCCUGGGUAAUCCUCAAUGACUUCGGCGGCGCUUUCGCGAUGGGGGCUGUUGGCGGUGCAGUGUGGCACGGAAUCAAAGGCUUCCGUAAUUCUCCCUACGGCGAACGGCGCAUCGGCGCCCUCACGGCGAUCAAAGCCCGCGCUCCCGUCCUCGGCGGAAACUUCGGUGUCUGGGGAGGUCUCUUCAACGCGUACGACUGCGCAGUAAAGGGGGUCCGGAAGAAGGAGGAUCCGUGGAAUGCCAUCAUCGCUGGUGGCUUUACGGGCGGAUCGCUCGCAGUACGAGGAGGCAUGAGAUCGAUGCGGAAUGGCGCGAUAUCUUGCGCGGUGCUACUAGCCGUCAUCGAGGGUGUUAGCAUCGGAUUCAACAGGAUGAUGGCCGGCAACACAAAACUCGAAGCGCCGCCGAUGCCUGCGCAAACGAGCGAACCACAAGUGGGCGGCGGACUGGCGAUAGCGGCAUAAAACGUACACUAUAUCAGCUUUCGUCUUCAAGAAGGAGAGUUUAAUGUAUAAAAUUUAGGGGGGCUGGGCACCUGGGGCUUGGGAGUGUUUCGGGAGUUUUGCAUAUCCCGCUCGCCGAGACGGCAGCGGUCGGCGUUCACACUCUACUCAGGCUUCUGUGCUGUACUUGUAUCAUACUCCCGGUCUGUAUAACUAGCGGCGG